UUGAAAGAGAUUCUUUGGUAAUCCAGUUCAUCAAUGAACUGCAUAAAUUCAGGACAGAACUGGAAGACUCAGGCAUGUGGUGGAUACUUUGUGGAUGCAGUCUGGAAAAAAGCAGACCACGAUGGACAGAACCUUGGAAUCUCUACAACAUAUAAUUUCCCAGGUCCUGCCUCACAGAGAUCCCGCACUUGCAUUUAAAGACUUGAAUGUUGUGGCAAUGCUUCAGGAAUUCUGGGAGAGCAAACAGAAACAGAAAGGUGUGUUUUCGAGUGAAGGCACAGUUGUAUAUGAGUCACUCAACUCACCAGGGCCUCCAUUUGUGAGUUAUGUUACACUGCCUGGAGGGAGCUGCUUUGGUAACUUUCAGUGCUGCCUGAGCAGGGCAGAAGCAAGACGAGACGCAGCAAAAGUAGCGCUGAUCAAUUCUCUCUUCAAUGAGAUGCCUUGUCGCAGGAUCACAAAGGAAUUUAUUGUGGAGAGUGUUCAGGAAGCUGUUUCUUCCACCAGCGGUACUUUAAAUGAUGCUGAUGACCCAAGCACAAGUAUUGGAGCCUAUCAUUAUAUGCUGGAAUCAAACAUGGGGAAGACAAUGCUGGAAUUUCAGGAACUGAUGAUAGUCUUUCAACUACUGCAUUGGAAUGGAAGCCUCAAAGCCUUACGUGAAACAAAGUGCUCUCGACAAGAAGUGAUUUCCUACUAUUCCCAGUACAAUUUAGAUGAAAGGAUGAGAAGUCACAUGGCUCUGGACUGGCUUGUGAAAGAGCAAGAAACUCCAGGCAUUAUUUCACAAGAGCUACAAGUGGCACUUAGAGAGCUGGAAGAAACAAGGAAAGCUGGACAAGAGCUGCGGUUUUACAAAGAAAAAAAAGAAAUUCUGGGUUUAGCACUGAGUCAACUGUAUAGCGAUCAUGCUGCUUCCUCUUCAAAUGACGACCAUAUGAAUCUAGGCCUUAGUGGCUAUCACUAAGGCAACUUAGACCUCUGUUGGUAUGAAAUAGGUUUACAAGACUAGUCCGUCUACGCCUUAAUCAUUCAGAUGUGCUGCGCCUUGAUCAUUCAGAUCAACAUGAAGUAACUGUUUACCUUCAGUCUGUUGUGUAAUGUACAAAGCAGGAACCCUCAAAUUUCCCCCAUGGUGAGCAGCAUGACUUCCAGGUGCAUGUGGAGUCCACACAUCUCAUGUACAACCUCACAGGAAGCGUGAAAAGGAAGCAUUACUCACAUACGCUUCCUCUUUCAGUGCAUGGGAAAUAGCUAAAGCUGCAUUACACAGUGUGUAAUUCUAUGUGACUAAGAGAGAUUGUAGAUUUUUUAAAAAAUCAUAGCUUAGGUUUAUAACUUCUUAAAGAACAGCAGCAACCAUUUAAUAGCUUUAUAUAAUCAAAAUGAGGUUGACAGAGUUGUUUAGUACAUGAAUUGAAUUAAUUCAUCUGGGAGGAGGUAUAGAAAUAAGGAGUGAAAAAUCUCUGCAAAAAGCAAAAACUGCCAGUUGAUAUUUUUCUUCAUUAUUUAAAGUAGUGGUUGAAGGGGCUUGAAUGCAACUAAGUGUAGGGAAAUAAUGAAGCAAAACCAGAGACCUGUUAUUAUACUUGAAAAAUGACCAAGACGGACAAUCUUCUGAAAAAUAACUUGAGUCCUGACAACAAAAUACACUAGCUGUAGCGAAGCCAAUGUAGGUAUUUUCUUCUUGUGUACAUGAAUAGUAAGUUACAUAAUAAUGAUGAUGAGAUAGGUAAAUGUCCAUCUAAUUUCUGAAUUGGCAAGCAAUGAACCAAGGAGCCUGUUGCAGCAACACAAAUCUCAACUUUUGCUCUACUGUAGUGUUACAACAAAUGCCAAUAGCCACAUACAGCUUUUGAUGCCCCACUAGUAAGAGAUGUGUUACUAUUGGGGUUUUGAAAAUCAAUAUGUCAUCAAAGAGCAAUUGAUCGCAUUAGUUAUUAUAUAUAUGAUUAAUUCAAUCAACCCUUAUUCUGGGUAAAGCUCCUCCUCCUGCCGGCUUCCCGUGAAUUGGAUUGCUCUGUUAGUCUACUAAGUCCUACUCAGAGUAGACCCACUGAAAGUAAUGAACCUAAGUUAGUCACGUCUAUUAAUGGCAAUGGGUCUACUCAGAGUAAGACUAGCUUUGAAUACCCAUUGUGGCUUUCAACAUUUCUGUGAAGAUUUUCCUAAGUGAGUGAAUUUGAACCAAAUUAUUUGACACUGUUACUGUUUGGCUUGGCUGUAACCUCAACCAUCUCUUUAUCACUGAGAUGUUUAUCAAGCACAAGCCAACCAAUCCAUUCUGCUAGUGGUACAAACUCAUGGCUCUUAUUGGCAUUUCUGUUGCCAACAGAUCACAUAUCCUAAGAUAUUAUUAUUAUUGUGAUCACCCUGACAAUGGGUGAAAAUGGGUGUUGUGAAAAUUCAAUCAGACCUUUCUGUCAAUAUUCAUCUACAGAGGUUAUGUGCGUGCUGUUGUAAAUGGCUUCUCAUGCAACUUCUAUACUAAAAUAACGUCUUUUAACUAACUAAUAUGCAAGCUAGCAACCUGCUUCAGAAGACUCUGAAAUGGACUGCCUUCAAGUCGAUUCCAACUUAUGGUGACCCUAUGAAUAGGGUUUUCAUGGUAAGCGGUAUUCAGAGGGUGUUUACCAUUGCCUUCCUCUGAGGCUGAGAGGCAGUGACUGGCCCAAGGUCACCCAGUGAGCUUCAUGGCUGUGUGGGGAUUCGAACCGUGGUCUCCCAGGUUGUAGUCCAACACCUUAACCACUACACCACACUGGCUCGUCUUUUACCUACAUAGAAAUAUAAUUCUGCGAAUUGGCAUCAACUACAAUUUAUGAGAUUAAAAAAAUAUUUUACUGAU